GAUGCUGGAGUGAAAACUUUGAGCUAGAAAACGGUCGCUCUUUCUAUCAUAAUUAGGUCAUUAGUGCAAUAAAGACUACGACAACACGGAAUAUUAUUUUUAUUAUGGUGUGAAAAGAGUGACAUCUUCAGCACUGUAACACAGACCGCCGGGACCUGAGGGGUGACGGCAUGGCGGAGGGCGAUGAAGGCGCAGGUGGGGAGUGGAAAGAGAAGUACAUGGCCCUCGAGGCCCUGCUCUUCAAGUUCCGCGGACAGAUGAGUGUGAUCCGAGAGCUCACAGCAGAAAAGAUGCAGCAGUUAGAGACACAGGUGUUGGAAGCUGAGCGUCGGGCAUAUGAGGCCAACCAGCAGGUGCAAUGGAUGGAAGAGCGUCUAAAGGCAUCAGAUAUCCAGUCGAGUGAUUCAGAGCUGCGGCUGUUCAGGCGCUGUCAAAAUCUUCAAACGGCACUGCAGGAGAAAGAUGAUCUCAUUGUUACUCUUGAACAACAGCUGGAGGAACAGAAACAGAACCGAAUCCAAGAUGCCAAGACGGUUGAAGAAAAAGCAGCCAAGAUCAAAGAAUGGGUCAUGCGCAAGCUGAAUGAAUUUGAUUUAGAGAAUGCCUCUCUGAGAGAGAUCAACCAACAACAGGAGGCUGAGAUACAAGACCUGAGAAGACGUCUGCAAGGCAUGGAGCCGAGUUCUGGUGGCCCAGCUCAGCCCAAUAUGGGUGAGGCCCAGCGGCUCAGCAGUCUGACUUUUGGCUGUUUCCAAAUCAGAGGGAAGAGCCCUCAGGUACUGACGGGCCCAGAGCCAUCCCAGAAGAGCAUCAGCACCCUGCCAGAUCGUGACCACACACACACAGACUGCAGGAGACCCUCUAAUGAUUCUGGAAUGAAACAAGACUGUCCAGAAACAGAGUGUGUUGGCCGUUGCCCUAAGGCGGGAUCAGAGGACGGCAGUGAGCGGGACAGUGCCGGACACACGCUGUCCUGUGGUGUUUCCUCUAUCCUGUCCAACGCUGCCUCUGAAGGGGAAAGGAGUCUGUUCGGAGGUUUACGUUUCAGCCGACCUGCUAGUGAGACUUACCACACGGCCUCAGAUGACAGCAGCUCGCUGUUUGACGAUGACAUGCAGCGUGUGGACUGCUCCAGACUUUGCCUUCCUGGCACCAAGAGCACUUCAAAGAAAGACAGCGAGAAGGCGGACGCUGAAGAUGGAUCCUCAGAUGAGCUGAAUAAGCGCUUUCAGUCACAAUGUCUUGAUUCCUCAUCAUCCUCCAGUGAUGCAAACACUCCCAGCCCCAUACUAACUUCAGCUCUCACACCGAAGCGGCCCACCCCGUCCCAGGACUCCCAAGACACCCCGGCCUCCCCCAAACAGCCCAGACUGCGUAAUCCAAAUGCUUUUAAUGUUAGUUUGGCAUUGGCUAAAAAGCAUCUGAGUCAGCCUCCGCUGUACAGCGAAGCCGCCCACGGACGGACACGAAAUGCCAUCAGCAUGCUGCGUCCUCUACGGCCUCAGGAAACAGACGUGGACCAAGAGCAAAAGAUGGAGACUGGUGAAAAAGAGCAUGUUGAUGUGCCUUCAGCUGAAGUGCCACCUGAAGAACCCGAAACACCUGAUGCUUUUGCAGCCGUGCCUGGAAGUAAACCUCCAACCCCUCCGCUGCACAGACUGCCCUCUUGGGAGAGCAGAAUAUAUGCGGUGGCAAAAUCUGGAAUUCGCCUGUCAGAGACGUCGUGUACAGAUGUAGCUAAUAAAGGCUCCUCCCACCCAUCCUCAUGCCCCGCCUACAUGCUGUACACAUCUCUCAUAUACAGGAACACAAGCUCACCUGUCUUUGCCACACACAAAGGGAAGGCGACUUUGUUAAACAACAGUCAGUUCUCUGAGGAGUCGUGUAGUUCUGAGGAGGAGGACAGUUCGGAGGACUGUCAGUCUAACUCUGGAGAGGAGGACAACUCCCAGACCUCUGAAUCAGAGUCACACAAGAGCAGCAGCCAUGAGAGCCCCCGCUCACUUAAGAGAGCUGUUUCACUGUCUUCUAUGACAUCUGAGAGCGACUACGCCAUCCCUCCUGACGCUUACUCCACUGACACUGAGUGCUCUGAACCUGACAACAAACUUCCAAAGACCUGCUCCUCUAUCAGUGACAAUGGCAAGAGUGAGUCUAUGGAAAAGUCUGGGUACCUGCUCAAGAUGGUAAAGACGUGGAAGAAAACGUGGAAGAGGCACUGGUUUGUUCUGAAGGAUGGCGAGCUUCUCUACUACAAAUCACCAAGUGACGUGAUCCGUAAACCUCAAGGUCAGAUUGAGCUGAACGCAUGCAGCACUAUAGCUCGUGGUGAUGGCAAACAGAUGCUUCAGGUGGUGACAGGUAAGAGUGUGUGUAAUCUGAAGGCAGAUUCCCCAAACCUCCUGGAGGAGUGGCUAAGGGUCCUGCAAAGCGUCCUGAGAAUCAAAUCCGCUAGUCCGCUCUUCACUCACCCUGACACACGGCCCGUUAUGAAAGGACAUCUGACAAAGGUGAAAAAUGGCUACUCUAAGCAUGUGUGGUGUGCGCUUUUUGGGAGGACUCUCUACUACUUCAGAAAUCAAGAGGACAAGUUUCCUCUGGGUCAGAUCAAACUAUGGGAGGCUCGAGUGGAGGAAGAGCAUAAGUCAUGUGAUGCAGCUGAAGUCUCUGCUCAGUACACCCUCUCCAUUCAGUCUGUGAGUCAGGAGCCAACAUACCUGCUCAUCGACUCUCCUCAUGAGAAGACGGCAUGGCUGUACCAUCUGUCUGUAGCCACGGGUACUACAGUGGGGCAAGUGGGGACUGAGUUCGAGCAACUGGUUGGAAAACUGCUUAGCACAGCAGGAGAUCCAGGGUCUGAGCUCUGGACACACCCGACGCUGUGCUUCACUAAGGAAGGACUGUCAUCUCCACUCACCACCCUUCCUUCACAGGCUCUACAAACUGAAGCCAUCAAGCUCUUUAAGACAUGUCAGCUCUUCAUUAACGUGGCCAUUGACACUCCAGCCAUAGAUUAUCACGUGACUCUUGCCCAGUGCGCUCUACAAGUGUGUCUCACCCACCCAGAGCUGCAGAAUGAGAUCUACUGCCAGCUAAUCAAACAGACACGAAAGAGGCAGCCACAUGGACAGCCGGGACCCCUGCAGGGAUGGCAGUUCCUGGCUCUGUGCGUCGGUCUUUUCCUGCCCACACACCCUAUUCUGUGGUGUUUGCAAGUUCAUCUCAAAAGGCAUGGAGAUUCCAGGACGGAAGUGGGAAAGUAUGCCAUUUAUUGUCAGCGCUCGCUUGAGCGGACACAGCAGAAGGGGGAUCGGCAAGCCCGUUCGUCACGAAUGGAGAUCCUAUCGAUUUUACUCAGGAACCCUUAUCAUCACUCUUUGCCCUUCAGUGUGCCUGUACACUUUCUUAACAACACCUACCAGGUUGUUAGUUUCGAUGCUUCAACCACAGUGGAGGAGUUUCAGAGUCGGCUGAAUCAGGACACGGGCAUGAGGAAAACUGGUCAGUCUGGUUUCAGCCUUUAUUCUGAUGACCCUACUGGCAAAGACCUUGAGCACUGUCUUCAGGGAAACCUGAAGAUCUGUGACAUUAUUUCAAAAUGGGAGCAGGCCUCGAAGGAGCAGCACACAGGCAAAUCAGAAAAUGCCCGGACGGUGAAACUCACUUAUAAGAACCGGUUGUACUUCUCCCAGCAGAUGAGAGGGGAGACAGAGAGAGAGCGUUUGCUUCUGGCAUACCAAACAAAUGAGGAAAUUACAGCUGGUCACUUCCCUGUCAACAAAGAGCUUGCUUUAGAAAUGGCCGCCCUGCUUGCUCAGGUUGAGUUUGGAGACUUUGAGCGUCCAUUUUCUAGUCCAGGUGGUUCAGGAGCUGCACAGACUAAAUCUAACCAGACCCUGAAACAGGUUCUAGAGCGCUUCUACCCGAAGCAUUACCGACACACCUGCACUGAGGAACAAAUGAGGCAGUUGCUGCAGAGGCUGUCUACCCGAUGGGCAUCUCUGAGGGGCCGGAGUUCAUCAGAGUGCAUACGAAUCUACCUGACAGUGGCUCGCAAGUGGUCAUUUUUUGGAGCCAAACUAUUUGAGGCUGAGCCCAUAUCUCCAUCACCACAGAAGAGCGUACGUGUUUGGCUAGCAGUGCAUGAAGAUGGAGUCAGCAUGCUAGAGUUCAACUCUGUAAAAGUCCUUGCAUGCUACCCUUAUAAAAGCAUCGUGACAUUUGGAGCAUGUGGUCAGGACUUUAUGCUGGUAGUAACUCUGAAUUCUGGCACCAACACAUCCAAAGAUAAGUCUACAGAGAAGCAUCUGUUUACUAUGGCCCCAUCAAAGGUUCGAGAUGUGACGUUGCUCAUAGCCAGCUACAUUAACUGCACACAACAACAAAAAGCAGCAGCGCACCACCUGUCGGCCCCAGCUCUGCUGCUGGCCCUGUCUGGAGAGAUGAAGAACAAGGAAUCGAGGAGCAAGUCUCCUCCAGCCGCCUGCAGACCCAGCAAAGCACCAACCCUCCUUUAAGUGCACCGUACAGUACGAGGUGUUGUUCACUUAGAAUAUCCACCUUAUUUUUCCUGUAAGAGCGGGCACGGCCAUUUUAUGGGUCUGGCUUCUGGUCUCAUCCGCAUCCAGCUAUUUUUAGCUGCUUGAUAUUGCAAAUUGGUGUGUCAUGGUAAUUAUUCUAAUGUGUUCUCUUAAUUCUGAACACACUGGUUUGUAGUGCAAACAGUUUUACCGUUUACUACAUGCUGUUAUUCUUGUUAUUUCCCUAUAGUGGAUAAUGAACCAGAAAUCUCACCCACAGGCUUGCUUCUGCAUUGAAGAAUAAGGUGAAUAUGUCAGUCCAUUUCCUAGUUCACUAGCUAGUUAAUCUCAAAUCAAAAUCUGGCUAGUGUCCAAAACCCAUAUUUACAAUAUGCCGGUUCACAUCAAGGGGAAUUUAGAAAUGAAAUGAGAAGCAUAUCUCUUUAAAUCAUCUGAUGCUUCUUGUUGGGGCUGAGGGUGACAUGGCUAACAGUAGUUUUCAACAUAAAAAAUGGGUGAGUUCUCAUGAACAUGUCAUGUUGUACCCCAUAAAUAUUAAAAAACAAGUAGUACUUUGCAUAUGAAAAUGAAGUGAAUUACUUGUGUUUUUUUUUUUGUUUGUUUGUUUGUUUGUUUGUUUUUGCGUUGUGACAAUUUUUAUGACAUUUUCCAACAAAUUUGUAAUGCACAUUCUUAAUGGUACAUACAUAUAUAUAUAUAUAUAUAUAUAUGUGUGUGUGUGUGUGUGUGUUCAAAAAAGCAACAAUACUGUACAAAACACUGUCUAAUUUAUUAAUUUAUGCUGAUUUUUAUAAGUAGACAGUGUUUUGUACAGUAUUAUUUUUCUUUUAAUUAUGCAUUAUGGUAAUGUAAUUUUUGGUUGGAAUGUGCAUAAUUGUCAUAAAACGUCAAAGAAAUUGUCCCUAAGCCAAAAAAAAAAAGUCUGAUUUGGGUAUGAAAUAUGUCCAGAACUGUUCUGUGACUGUUUUCAUGAGAUUCACCCAAAUAGUUUAACUUUUGUUGAGUUUAGUUGGGUUUCAGGCUUUUCUUUUAAAAGAAAAAUAGAAACACAAAAUACUUAGUAAACACAUUGUCUUCCAUCAUUAUAUCAAGUACACUACAUAUGUAGGCCAUACAUUGUUGAGAGAUGUGCUGGCUUGCAGAAGUUGACUUAACUGGAAUUGAAAAUAAGAUGUGAUCGCAGAAUGAGUAACACUACAGUUAUGUAACCUCCCACGCUGAAAUCUCAUCUCACGGUAGCUUGUUGAAGCAUGUAGAGAGAAUGCAAGGAUUAUGAUAGAACAGGAAGUGCAUUAUGAAAAAAAUAUGUGUGAUCUUUAAAAGUCAACAUGGAGUCAUGUACUAUAGGAUGGAUGGGGUGUCUGAGAGAGUACAUAUUGUACUGGUGUACUGAACAUGGGGUGUGAGAUUCAUAAAGAGAUUGAUUGCAGGAGAUACAAACUGGAAGGUUUUUGGUUUGUUUUUUUUUUGGAAUACCAAAGCAUUAUACUGUAUAACAUCAUUGAACAAGGGAUACUGUGACAGAUAAUGUCAUAGCAAAUUGUAUUUAUUUAUUUCUAAAGUGUAUAAGUAUUAUCUAUUAUGCAGCUUUAAAUAAAUGCCCUUGCUCAAAAAGGAAAAUUUGAUUUUUUAAAAAAUAGAUACAUAUUUUGGGAGAAAGAAAUUCAUUCUAAGUUAUAUUAAUACACUUCUGUUAAAAAGUUUGGGGUCAGUAAUCUCAUAUUCCCACCAAGGCUGAAUUUAUUUAAUCAAAAAUACAGUAAAAACGAAACUAAAAAUAAAUGUUUUCAUGUAAUUUAUUCCUGUGAUCAAAGCUGAAUUUUCAGCAUCAUUACUGCAGUCUUCAGUGUCACUUGAUCCUUCAGAAAUCAUUCUAAUAUGCUGAUUUGCUGCUCAAGAAACAUUUCUAAUUAAUAUCAUUGUUGAAAACAGUUUUUCGACUUCAGAUUUUUGUAGAAACAAUGAAUUUAUUUUGUUUUUUCAGGAUUCUACGGAAGGCCUUAGAAUCCUUUUUAAAAAUUAGAAAGGUAAUUGCGACUUUUUUGUCACAAUUGCAGGCUUACGUCUUUCAGUUCUCACUCGCAAUUGUGAGUUAUAAAGUCAGCAUUGGGAGAAAUAAACUCAAUUCUGAGAUAUUAAGUCUCAAUUCUGAGAAAUAAAGUUGCAAUGCUGGGAAAUAAAGUUGCAAUUCUGAAAAAUAAAGUCGCAUUUCUGAAAAAUAAAGCCGCAUUUCUGAGAAAUAAAGUCACAAUUCUGAGAAAUAGUCAUUUCUAAGAAAUAAAGUUGCGCUUCUGAGAAGUAGUUAAAAUUGAGAAAUAAAGUCUAUUCUGAGAAAUUAGCUGCAUUUCUGAGAAAUAAAGUUGCAAUGCUAAAAAUAAAGUUGCAUUUAAAUAAAACUGCAAUCCUGGGAAGUCGCAAUUCUAAGAAUUAUAGUCCGAAUUGCAAGAUAUGAACUGACUUUUUUCUCAGAAUUGCAAGCAGUGAUGGGGAAAGUUACUUUUAAAAGUAAUGCAUUACAAUAUUGAGUUACUCCCUAAAAAAGUAACUAAUUACGUUACAUAAUUACUUUUUUAUGGAAAGUAAUGUGUUACUUUAAUUUUGUGUUACUUUUUAAAUCUGGGCAGGGCUUGUUUGUUUUUAAUAUAAAAAGUUCUACUUUUGGCAAAUGUAAAAGCCUUUUCACACCAAAAGCCUCAGGCUUUGAG